AUGGAUAAUACCCUAGCUAGCACGACAACCCCUCACGCCUUGGUCGACCAGCCAUCACACCGCUCCUUCCCAUCAUCCCUCGAGUUGAAGACGCACAUCGCCACCUGCCUUCACCUAUCCAAUACCCGCCUGAUUGUCGCUGCCGACUCGCCCACCAUCGAUGUGUACGACCUCCACACUGGCCAGCUCCAGGGACAGCUGAACGGUCACGCAAGCGGCGUGUGGGCUCUGGCGUGCAAGGGAGAUGUGCUCGUUACGGGGAGUACGGACGCGACUGUGCGGGUGUGGGACUUGAAGGAGAUGAAGGAGAUCUGUACGCUCCGGGGGCAUACUCUGACUGUCCGGUGCUUGGGGAUAUCUCAAGCUCCGGGGAACGGAGGAGUCGGCGAGGGCGAUUUGUUUGGGACUCUCAUAGUCUCGGGGAGCAGGGAUGGGGAUGCCAGGGUAUGGCAACUAACUGAAGCCGGCGCUGGGGUCGGGGGAGACAGUGUCAGUACGACCACGUCCGACAUUGGUCAAGCGGACGUGAGGAGCCUAUACGUGCUCAAGGGUCAUACACGGGCCAUACGAGCCAUGGAGGUUGACGGGCGGAUCUGCAUUACGGGGUCCUACGACUCCACGAUCCGAGUAUGGGACAUCGUCAAGGUCUAUAGCCUGGCAUACGAUCCGCAGCGGAAACACUGUGCCUCUGGCUCGAUGGACAACACCGUCAAGAUCUGGGAUGUCAGGACAGGCGAAUGCCUUCAUACCUUACGCGGCCAUACGAAGCUCGUCGGUCUACUAGAGAUGUCCUCUGAGUACCUGGUUUCUGCUGGCGCGGACUCCGGGCUGCUGAUCUGGGAUACGAGUACGUAUAAGCUCGGGCAUACCCUCGACAUGGGAGGCGCAGCCGUCACUUGUCUAGCGCAAGACGAUGGGCGAUUAGUCACCGGGACACAGGACGGAGUGUCGCUCUGGGAUCUGAAGACGGGGAAGACGAUACACGUAGCAGGUCUGACGGAGGUGCAGGGGGUGCAAUCAGCGUGGCAGGUCACCUUGAACGGGGAGGUGUUGGUGGCGGCAGUUUCAAGGGGUGGGGAACUUGUCUUUGAAGUGUUGAAUCUGCACAGCGAAUGGUGGGCGGGAGGUGUAUGA